CAGAAUGCUUUGACUUUGAUGGCUUUCAGCUUCUAUUUUUUGAAAAGUAGCGCGCUCAGACCAGCUCGCUCACUCUUUUCCUCUUCCAUUUUUUAGGGCAAUUGUUUUGUUUGAUAGACGAAGCUUAGGGUCUCUUUGGGUUUGCAACCCUUACCCUCCUGGAAAAAAUCAUAGUUGUGCUAGACUGCGACACUUCAGACCAGGUACUAUUAGAGCCGCUAAUGGACGACGAGCUAUUUUCCGCUAUCCGGAGCUCAAGCAUUUGAGCCGCUAAAUGGACGAGACUCCUGAGGUAAAGGAUGCAGAGAAUGAGGAGAGAACACUCGUAUGGAGCAGGGAGUAGGUAGUGUACUACUUCCUGGUAUGGAGCACUGAGAAGCGCUUGGUGACAUCGUCCAAGAUCGACAGGGAUGGCGGGUCACCUGCCAUGACGCUGUCGACGCUAUUGUCCAGUCCCGCAUGGAGCCUGUGGCGAAGCCCCUCAUUUGUGGCACUUGUGCGCGCAGUUUUCGUCGGCCACAGGAUAUUGCGACGCACAAGUGUAACGCUGUUCGCGCGGCCCGCGCGCGCUGAGUAUGGCGUUCCCCGCCCGGUGGACAACACGUCUCCUGGUCUGCCCCGUAUGGGGCCACAUAGCCAGUCAUGGCAGUGGAAGAAGGAAGGAAGCUUUCACUGUCCAGGAGCGACACUGACUCGCACUGCUAUCUGGUGCUCACGAGGUGUUUGUCGCGCUGCAAACGGAGCGUCUCUCAUUAGGCGAUUUGAUCGCAGGACGAGAGAGGAGCUGAUGGACGACCUCUCCAAUGUUCCACUUGGUUCGGAGCGGCGCCGAGUGCUGACGUUGGGACUUGGCCAUUCAACUGCAGUGCCAGUCUGGCUACCUGCCCUGCCUGCGUUCCAGCCUGUGGCUGUAUCCUGCCAUCACAGCGCUGCGACGGUGUUUGGUACGACUGUGCUGAUGGCUCUGAUGCACAGUACUGCCCAGGCAAGGUCACACCAGCUCCAGCCAUUCAACUGCAGUGCCAGUCUGGCUACCUGCCCUGCCUGCGUUCCAGCCUGUGGCUGUAUCCUGCCAUCACAGCGCUGCGACGGUGUUUGGUACGACUGUGCUGAUGGCUCUGAUGCACAGUACUGCCCAGGCAAGGUCACACCAGCUCCAGGUCAAACCGACUGCCAGGUCCUGACACCACCGGCACUGGGCUCGAUGACCGUGAACGGCUUGAUGUUCAGCAACACGACCACGUUUGUGUGCAGUCUCCCUAUGUCCUUAUGGGCUCGGCCGUGUGUACUUGUGAAAUCAACGGCCAGUGGAGCGGUGUGCAGCCAACUUGCGUCCUGACGACUGCUGCUCUGAGUGCGGCCAGUGACGAGCUAGUCAAGGACUCCGUCUCAGAACGCAUGACACAAACGUGUUAGCUCCUGCUCCAUGCCCAUUGUUGGAGCGACAGUCCUGGAAUCCAGAGUUGCAAGUGAGGUGGUGAUACGGCAAGCAGACGGUGGCAAAGUACGGCUUAAAAGCUCUACAUCUGGCAAGUGGCCGGCAUACCACCCCAAUGGACAUCGGAACAGUACACGUAGAGUAGCAUCUCUACGUGACAGGGUAUGAGCGCAAGCCAGUAUUGCCAAGCACUGGGGACCUUUGGCAAUCUGAAGAAUGUUUUGUCCGAGAAUCGAUCCUUGGAUCUGUGGCGUUGCAGUUGUGGUGCUCCCGACCCUCUUGCGCGAUGGCCGCGGAGACCUAGCGAAAAGGUUCG